GGGACGGGGUGAAAUGGCAGCCUCUUCCUCAUCCUCUUCAGCCGGCGGAGUCAGCGGCAGCUCUGUAACGGGAUCAGGGUUCAGCGUCUCGGACCUGACGCCGCCCCGAAAAGCCCUCUUCACUUACCCCAAAGGAGCCGGGGAGAUGCUGGAAGAUGGCUCCGAAAGAUUCCUCUGUGAGUCUGUCUUCAGCUAUCAGGUUGCAUCUACAUUAAAGCAAGUGAAACAUGAUCAACAAGUCGCGCGGAUGGAGAAACUAGCCGGUCUGGUGGAGGAGCUGGAGGCAGACGAGUGGAGGUACAAGCCAAUAGAGCAGCUCCUGGGAUUCACUUCCUCCUCGGGCUGAGCGUGGCUGGAUCGCUGCUGUCAGGGAGCAGAAGAAAAACAUUCUCUGGCCUGGCUUCAGAACACGCCCCCAUUUAUCAGGAUGCCGACAGCUGCAUCGGCAGGAUGGGCCGCUUUUCUUUUUUCUUUUUUUUUAAAGUUGACAGUGGGGAUCCCCCGUAAAGCUGCCAGUAAAUGGAAAUGACAGGAUUC